AUGGUCACCGUCCACAGUGACUGCUGUCACACUUGCUCUCGGCCGUGGGAGGGAAGUCGUGCCGUCCCGGACAAUGCUCGAAAUGCGGAAGCAAGAAGCUCUCCGCCUCUGACGGUUGCUAGGGCGCUACGGGAGCACUGCAAUAUUCCCUUCGAGAGCUUCUUCCUUGCCACACACCUGGGUAAUGGGCGCUUUGCCUAUUUCUCCGGCCCCAGCCCUAUCACGGAGGGUCAUAUCCCCAUUAUGUUCCGGAGGGACAAAUUCCUCAAGUACCAGGAGCGGGCGUCAUUAAGAGACGGCGUUUCAGACGGGUACGAGGACGACUAUAGUGAAGAAGGCGUGUGUUAUUCUACACGCACCUCGCUCCCUUUCCAGGACCGCUGGCCGGUCGAACAUAACCGCAGAAAACGGCCGAGGAGGCAUGGUCCAAUGCGCCGUGAGCUAGACGACGACGCACCGCCCGUCGUUAUGAACUCGAGAAAGGCGCUCAUGAUUGGCGACUGCCUGGCCGUCAUGGAGUUUUACGACCGCGGGUUCAAGGCCAUUCAGCAGACCGCCUGCAAGGAGAUCGCCAAAGCCUUCAUCAAGAUCCUUUGCCCCAAGAAGCAGGCCACAAAUCCGUACGUGAGGGGCGAUGAGUCUGCUCCGGAUUGGUGGCCCAAGCCUUGGGGCGCGGGUGAAAAGGACAGGGUUCGGCAUGUCGAGCCUGACCAUAUGUGGAAGAAAGAACGCGUCCACAUCUUGAAGCACAUGAUGAGGAUGAUUAUUGAGCCUGAGGCCCGGUCGCCCAGCGUCCAGCAGCUGGGGCCUCUCGCCGUCGACAGGUUCGAAAUCGCCGCCAUGGACUGCCUUUCGUCCUGGUUUAUAGACCCCAAAAAGCCCAAAAACGCAAGGAAGAAGCCUAUCUUGAAGGAAAUCUUUAAGGUCGCCAGGAUGGAGGAGAGGUACAGGAGGUGCGAGAUCGCCGCAGAUGCCACCACGCAGGUUCUUGUCACGGCGGACGACAUGGUCAUGAAUCACUGCUUCGACCCGGAUGAGGAAAUGGCCGACGAUAUGGCAGAGUCGGCCGCUAUGGAAGCCGAGCGCUGCCGUGUUGAAUCUCUCAUCUCUCGCGUCUCGCCGACUCCUCGGACUACCGCCGUGCCUGUGCUCCCGUCCAUGGCGUCAAUGUCGCCUACAGGUGCCUCCGUCCAGACCCUGACUGCGCAGUUUCAAGCCUCGCCUUUCCUCCACGAGUUACCGAUCCGCACCCACGCGUACAGCGCGCCCGCUAUGCUCCCCGCCGAGCUCACCGCAGAUCAGUACCCGUACUCCGACGGCCACGGCUUGGCCACCGCCCAUCCCACGUCGACGGAGCAAAUUCACGCCCUGCUCACCGGCAGCCCGCACCACCACCACGGCCCCCACACCCCCCAGCACGACACGAGCCGGCGCCCAUCCCUUUUCACACCCACCACUGAGUUCGGCAGCCCCUCCCCGUCGACAAUCUACCACCACGCGAGCCCCUGGUCCCAGUCGCCCCAGACCCAGGCCCAGGCCACGCCCAGCACGACAGUGACAGACUCGCCCGACACGUCCUCCUCCAUGUUUGCAUACGCACAGGCACACGCACACGGUCUCCCGAGCAGCCAUCACCACCACCAUCAGCCGUCGCAGCAGCAGCAUCACCACUCCCAGCAACAGCAGCAACAGCAACAACAGCAGCAGCAGCAGGUGACCAGCAUCCCAGCUCUACCGCUCCCGAUGGCGAUGACCCAGACGGCACAGCACCAACACCAACAUCACCAGCACCCGCACAGCAGCCCGUACGGCGGCGGUACAUACUACACCACCGCUGCGUCCCACGGGUUCGACCAGCUCACCGAGCUGUCGCUAUCCACACAGCAGCAGCAACAGCAGCAGCAGCAGCAACAGCAACAGCAACAGCACACCCAUCAUAUGGCUGCCCCUUAUCACCACCACCACCAUACUAUCCCCCAGCAGUCGGCGAUGAGGCAGGCUCGGGCUCAAGCUCAGGCCCAGGCCCAGGCCCAGGCCCAGGCCCAGGCCCAGGCACAGGCUCAAGCUCAAGCUCAGGCCCAGGCACAGCGGGCGCUGGAGGCGGUGGAUAUGGGCACCGUGCGGGCUUAGUGCCUUGUCUAUCC